CCUGCAGUUUCUGUCCCGCAGAAACAUAUUUAUUGCGCUUAGAAGACUGGGUCACGCACAUGUAAGAAAAAAAAAUGAAGCCCAUGCUUUUGUUCUUUUUCAUCAUUUGGCUUGCAGAUGCGGAGCAGAAACCCCGGAAAGGUUCUGGGGUGGUUUGUACUUUCAAAAACAAGACAUACAACCCAGGAGACAGCUGGCAUCCCUAUCUGGAGCCUUUUGGAUUGAUGUUCUGUAUGCGCUGUGUGUGCACAGAGACAGGUCAUGUGAAAUGUAACACAAUCAAGUGUCCUCCUCUGCCAUGUGAGAACCCCGUGGCUGUGCCUCAGCAGUGCUGCCCAAGAUGCACAGAUGGACCCAGGAUCCCUGCAGGUCUGAGAGCUUCAGUGAGAUCCUGCAGAUAUAAUGGAAGCAUUUAUCAGCCAGGGGAGACCUUCACCAAGCACGACCUCUUCCCAUCCAAGCAAAGCAAUCAGUGUGCCAUGUGCUCAUGCUCCAAUGGAAACAUCUUCUGCGCUCUGAAAACAUGCCAACAAAUCACCUGCUCCUCGCCAGUCUCGGUUUCAGACACCUGCUGUUUGGUGUGUAAAGAUCAUGGCAUCACUGGGUCUUCAUCCACUGAGGAUGGAAACCAGCAGCUGAACAGAGGCGUCAGGCAUUCAGUCGACCGGUGUCCUGCAGAGGUGCGGCCUGACCGUGCCACUCCACCCAGGGUCAGGACUUCUCCCAGAGGCCUGAGUCUGAGUAAACUUAACCUUAAAGGGGCUUCAGAAACCACCGUGAAGAUUUUGCUACAGAGGAAACACCAAAGAGCGUGUUUAUACAACGGCAAGACGUACUCCCAUGGAGACACGUGGCACCCCGUUUUGGGCAAGGUCCUGGAAUGCAUCGUGUGCACUUGCACGGAUGGCCUGCAGGACUGCAAACGCAUCACGUGUCCCAGCCAGUAUCCAUGCCAACAUCCUGUGAAACCAGUGGGGAAGUGCUGCAAGACUUGUCCAGGGAAUAAAACUGAAAGUAACCACACCCAGUGUUAUCUUGGAUAUAAAAACAGCCUUGUGGUUUAUAAAGUGGAAUCAUCUCUGCGAGUCGACUCGCCCGGCGCAAUGAGGAUCAUUGCUGUUGAAAGACAAAAGACUGCUGAAGUUGAAGUGCAAGUCUGGAAGACCAUAGAAGGUGUUUCACAAUUAAUGGAAAUUGAUGACAAUCAACAAAAAUAUGUUAUGGAUCAUCCAGAAAACUACACGAUGCUUACAACUCUUAAUGAAGAGACAUGGAGACGAUUCAAAGAGGAGGGAAGAAACCUGACCAAUGCUCCUCGCACCACAAUUUGCGAAGAUGGAAUCCGGGAGGUGGUGACUUUCCUAAAUCCUCAGCAGACUGAAGGCCUGUGUUCACCCUAAUACGUUUUACACCUUUUUUAUUACAUUGAUACACCCCUUUCAUAAGAGGUCUCAAACUCGUGGCCCGAGGGCAUGGAUUUAAUUUGGCCCGCCUCAAAAUAGCAACUUAUUUCUGUGUGUUUCCUUUUAUGAAUAGAUUUGUUUUGCAUCAUAGAUAUGUUUUUAUUAAAAUAUCGUCACUAUCGUCACCCCCUACUGAACAGUUGCUUUUUUUUCCACUUGACCGCCCCCUGACUGACCAGACUA